UAUGCUCUAUCCAAUCUCCCACAUCAGCCACACCAUCAAAAGCUUUUUUGGCUGCCACUCGCACCGCUCUCGUGCCCACCAUGGCGCCAACGCUGGAGUCCGUUUCUGCUACGUCACCGCCGCCGCCGCCGCCGCCGCAUUUCGUCAUCGUCCCCUUGCCGGCGCAGGGCCACACCAUCCCCAUGGUCGACCUCGCGCGCCUCCUCGCGGAGCGCGGCGCCCGCGCCAGCCUCCUCGUCACGCCCGUGAACGCCGCGCGCCUGCGCGGCGCCGCCGACCUCGCCGUGCGCGCCGAGCUGCCGCUCGAGAUAGUGGAGGUCCCGUUCCCGCCGUCGGCCGCCGACGCCGGCCUCCCUCCGGGCGUCGAGAACGUCGACCAGAUCACCGACUACGCCCACUUCCGCCCGUUCUUCGACGUCAUGCGCGACCUCGCCGCGCCGCUCGAGGCGUACCUGCGCGCGCUGCCGGCGCCGCCGAGCUGCAUCAUCUCCGACUGGUCCAACUCGUGGACGGCCGGCGUGGCGCGCCGCGCCGGCGUGCCGCGGCUGUUCUUCCAUGGCCCGUCGUGCUUCUACUCCCUCUGCGACCUCAACGCCGCCGCGCACGGGCUGCAGCAGCAGGCCGACGACGACAGGUACGUCGUGCCGGGCAUGCCGGUGCGUGUGGAGGUGACCAAGGACACGCAACCAGGAUUCUUGAACUCGCCAGGGUGGGAGGACUUACGGGACGCGGCCAUGGAGGCCAUGCGCACGGCCGACGGCGCGGUGGUGAACACGUUCCUGGACCUCGAGGACGAGUUCAUCGCGUGCUACGAGGCCGCGCUCGGCAAGCCGGUGUGGACGCUGGGGCCGUUCUGCCUCUACAACCGGGACGCCGAUGCCAUGGCGUCGCGCGGGAACACGCCCGACGUCGCUCAGAGCGCGAUCACCACAUGGCUCGACGCCAUGGACACCGACUCCGUCAUCUACGUCAACUUUGGCAGCCUCGCCCGCAAGGUGCCCAAGUACUUGUUCGAGGUCGGCCAUGGCCUCGAGGACUCCGGCAAGCCGUUCAUCUGGGUGGUGAAGGUGUCGGAGGUGGCCACGCCGGAGGUGCAAGAAUGGCUGUCCGCGCUGGAGGCCCGUGUGGCGGCGCGCGGCCUCGUGGUCCGCGGCUGGGCGCCGCAGCUCGCCAUCCUGUCGCACCGCGCCGUCGGUGGCUUCGUCACCCACUGCGGCUGGAACUCGAUGCUGGAGUCCAUCGCCCAUGGCGUCCCCGUCGUGACGUGGCCGCACUUCUCCGACCAGUUCCUGAACGAGCGGCUCGCCGUCGACGUGCUCGGCGUCGGCGUGCCGGUCGGCGUGACGGCGCCCGUGCUGCUGUUCGGCGACGAGGCCAUGGCGGUCACCCGGGGUGACGUCGCGCGGGCGGUGUCAAAGCUCAUGGACAGCGGCGAGGCCGAGUCCGACGAGAGGAGGAGGAAGGCGAAGGAGUACGGGGAGAAAGCUCGCAGAGCCAUGGAGAAAGGAGGAUCCUCGUACGAAAGCCUGACGCAGCUGAUACACAGCUUCACCCUGCAGGGAGCCAAGAACGCUCCAGAACAGUAAACAGUGGAGGUGCAAACAAAAGCACAUUUGAAUCCAGAAGUUACACACUGUUUUCUGAAUAUUUUUCCUUUUUGUUGGCAUCAGAUUUACACUGAUUUACUUCUUCAAGUCAUCUGUGUUUCUUAUUCUGAAGAAGUUAAUGGAUAAUGUAAUUUUAGUAGUGAACAGACUUUCUUCACAAUAUGGACUGAGAAUCCAAGAAAUGCAUGCCUUUUCAGAAAUCAGAAUAUUUCUAGUUGGAACCAAA